AUGAGUUUAUCAAAAGCUGCUGUUGGAUUAACACUUUUACCACAUUUAGGUGGCUUAGCUGGUGGAUAUAUUACAAAAAAUAAUAUAAAAUCAUGGUAUGAAAAACUGGAUCGACCAUCAUGGAGGCCACCAAAUUGGGCUUUCGGACCUGUUUGGACAAUAUUGUACACAAUGAUGGGUUAUGCUUCAUAUCUUAUCUAUCGAGAUGCUGUUGGUGAAUAUCGUAAUCGUGCUCUUAUUCUUUAUGGCUCACAGCUUGCAUUGAAUUGGCUUUGGACACCAAUAUUUUUCAGUUAUCAUAAAUUAGGACUUGCUUUUGGUGAAAUUCUUUUAUUGUUAGCAAAUAUUGGCUUAUGUAUAGGUACUUUUUAUCCAAUCAAUCGAACGGCUUCAUAUCUUUUAGUGCCUUAUUUUGGUUGGGUGUCAUUGGCUUCAACGUUAACAUACCAAAUCUGGCAACGAAAUAAAGACAAAAAAUCUACAUAG